AUGGAGGUAUACCUCUUCGAACCCGAAAAGUACAAUCUACUGUACAACUGCUCAUUUUAUGAUUGGAAUAUCAUCCCAAGAGAAGAAAGAAGACACCGGUUUCUGGCGGUGAUACUGCUCUUCUUCUACUUCGCCACCAUUGUAAGUAAAAAAGCAUCAGCAUUAUUUAGCGAAGACAUCAUUUUUUUGGGCGAAUAGACGCGCACUGUGCAGUUUCCCAAAACAUUUUAAUUUUAGUCUCUGUACGUUCCCUGCCUUGCUGCCAUGAUGUCUUCCGAGAACCGUCGACGCUCCAGCUACCAAUUGAUGUUUCUCCUCGGUUGCAUGCACAUCUGUGGCCUUCAAACUUGCGGGUUGAUGACUGGAAUCCAUGGGUAUUAUGGUCACGUCUUCUGUGAUUUCCCUCGCGAAAUGUAUUUCUUCGGUUCGAUGGGAGUCUGUAAGUCCAAUCUGUUCGAUUACAAUUUCUUCACGUGUUUUUUACAUCAGUCCCUGUAUAUUACAGCGGACUAAUUGAAAUUGUUUUAGCCAUGUGGUGUGCCAGCACGAUGACAUCAUUAUUUUUGGGUAUUAAUCGGUGCGUGGAAUUGUUGAGUGUCUAUUGGGCUGACGUUCUGUUCGGAGGGUACUGUAAAUUGUUCUGGAUUAUCACUCCAAUCGCAUACUUCUUCAUGUUCUUCUUUUUCACGCCUAGUGCGUUUUUCAAUGGCCAAAUGAUGACUUGGUUUUUCAAUCCGCAUUAUGGCUAUUACGAGGAUGUGGAUCUACGGGUAAGAUUGCAAAAAGACGAGGCAAAAUACAUGUAGGAUAUGAAUACAUACCCUAUUUUUCAGUAUGAAAGCUUCUUUCACUCCGUCAACAAUUUGUUUGUGAUCGUCGCCCAUUCCGGGGUUUAUGUCCUCUUCUUUUUCAUCUACAUUCGACGAACCAGAAUGGCGCAAACUGAGAAAAAGCUGAGGGACAACUCGGUAAGUUUAAAACAACUUCUAAUGUCAAAUACAAAACCAACAUCUGCCAACCAUCAAUUUCCAGACUUAUAUCCAAAUUCUGCUCCUCGGACUAAUCCAUCUCAUUGCCGCCAUAUCCUACGUGGUAAUCCAGUACCUUCCAGUGAAUUUCUACUCAACAUUGGUUGCGUCUGCAGCUUAUUUAGGAUCGCAUGGUAAGUUAUCUUCUCCUUGAUGAUGUCCAAGGUAAAAAAUAUUCAAACCUCGCGAUUUCUUUGCAGGCAUGCCUCCAUUGAUCUACAUAUGCUGUAACAAGACGAUACGAAUGUGGAUUCAGCGGAAAAUAUUUGGACUUCAUCAAAAAAUUGGCAACUCUGCCGAAUUUUCAAAGUUCAGAUCUCACCGAGUGUCGUCAGAAGGUGCGACAAAUCUACAUUGA